AUGUCUAGGUCAUUUUAUGUCGACUCUUUGAUUAUCAAGGACACGUUGCGACCCGUACCUCUUAACGAGCAUCCGCGACAAGACUUCCUCAUCCCCAUCAGCUUGCACUCGCCCACCAUGAUGACGGUCACCGCGCCAGUGUGCCCGUCCAGGAAAAGCGGCACUUUCUGCGUCUGCCCGCUUUGCGUCACGUCCCACCUCAACUCUCCCCGCAGCGGCAUUUCGAUGCUGAAGAGUCAGUUCCCGAGAGCGGAGCCCCAAUAUUGUCAGAGGAUAUCACACCACCAACAGUCUCUGGCACUGGCGCACCCGUCUGCACGCCCUGUCUGCAUGCCUGUCUGCAAGCCAACGUACAGCGUCACAGACCCCAUUAGGUUCCACUGUCUCUCCAUAGGUAAGACUAUGUGGUCUCUGACCACCUGUAUCUGCAAUAUAACGCAAUAUAACAACCAGUCAAUUCAACCUUUGAAAUUAGAGCGACAUAUUUUAAUUGAACCACUACAUAAUGUUUGUUAGUUCGUUAGUCUAUCCAAUUACGCACAAUUACGCACAGUAAAACCAAUGCCAUUUCUUGCAUAAAGCAUGUACUGCAGUGUUAGAAAUGUUGAAUAGACCUAUAAUGUUUGGCUAAAUCGUUGUCCUGUCUCCAUCAGGCGCCUCUGAGAGCAGUCACAUCCAGAAUGGCAAGAGGAUGCGCACAGCUUUCACCAGCACGCAACUAUUGGAACUGGAGAGGGAGUUCUCCUCCAACAUGUAUCUUUCUAGGCUCAGAAGAAUCGAAAUAGCAACGUAUCUGAACCUCUCGGAGAAACAGGUGAAAAUCUGGUUCCAGAACCGGAGGGUGAAACACAAGAAGGAUGGCAAGGGCACACAGAGGGGCGCGCACAACGGUUGCAAGUGCGCAAGCGGUCACACGGAUUACCCGAGGUCUGAGGACGAGGAAUCUCUAUCCCCUGCAUCAGCGUCAGAGGAGAAACAUAUAUCCCCAAUCUGA